UUACAUGACCUCAGUUACACUUCAUGAUGUUGGGACGAGGUCGAAAGAUGUGUACUGUCUUAAAACACACUACCUCGUUUCGCAGGAUAUUUCCCGAUGGACGUAAGACAGAGCUAAAGAGAGUGGACCCACACAGGAACCUGUGCUUGACGUCGCAGAGGUGCAGGCAGCUGCAGCGCCCACCAGAGGAUGAGGAAGCCGAGGAAAAGCCCAUAAAGUUCUCCACCAGCAAAGCCAGCCACCGCAUCUGGAAAGUGGAUCGUUCACUUGGCAGUAACUUCGAGCGGCCCUGGUGGAAAGUUUUACCAGUCAGCCUUGUUGGUGUUUGCUUCCUGCUGUGGUGCAUUUUUCGAAAAGAAUCUGUUGUCGAUCAACAGCUUGAAAAACAACUAUAUGAACACUUGCCAGGGCUACUUUCAGAUGAGGACAAUGACGAUACAAAGCCAGGUUCUUAGCCCGAAAGAGAUGCGCUGAUUAUUUUGACUAAAUUUGCUCUUUGCAGGUUUGAUCAAGAACACUGCAGUCUCCACAGAGACUUAUUUUCUGCACCGUUUAUAAUUCAUGACUCAAAGUUUCAAACAUCACACAUGGAUGAAGUCAAUACAUGUGCGCCGUCCACUAUGUCAGGUGUAUACGGUACAUAAUUUUUGUUUAGGUCAUAAUGUUGUAUUUAUGGAGAUGAAAAAUGAAUUUUAAGUGAUGUGUAACUUCAGAGUGUAUAAAACAAAGUGAUAAUUUCCAGAGAAGAUCUUAUUGUCAGUUGCAUCUGACAAACAAAAUGCCUUAUUACCGGUGCUGUGUGUAAAUGAAUCAUCAAAUGGAACCAGGUUGCAACUGUUGUUUAACUUUGACAAGAUAAUUUAUUUGCAGGCUUGGAGAAAUUGUGAUCCAGGAAAAGUAAACAUGACUUUAUUGCAUGUCUCCAUGUGACAAAUGUAAUUUAAUGCACAGUGAAUUCAGUCAUUGUUCCUGUAUGACCUGACUCAUUGAGCACACUAUUCUAACACACAGUUUACACAUUACUGCUUAAGUGUUUGCUGUACUUUCCUAUAAGCCAUUGCUGGUAGGAUUUUCAUUAGCUACCAAGAGGUAAACUAACAGUUAAUGUGAUAAGCCUUGUAACAAAAACUUAAAUGCUUGAUAGGUUUUAUUUCCAACUUAAUUUGACUGCUUGCAUCCAUAUGUUUGUAUGUAUCAGUGAUUGGUAAGAGGCAUCCCUCAACUUGUAAGACAAAGCCCCAAUGUUAACUACAUUGAAAAUUGCUGAAUCAGAGAGGUUUGGCACAAACUAUUUCAGUGUCAUUCUCUCAUGUAAAACCCACUGGUACUUUAUUGCUGUCAAUAGAGCUAUGUAUUUAAAUACUAAUCCCUUUCCUACUUGUGUUGUAGGUUUAUGGGCAAGAGAAACGUUACUGCAGUCAGACUUACGGCAAACAUCUCAUUUUUCACAUUAAAAAACGAAACUCCCAUUAGUCGAUACAUACACCACCUGACAAAGUUAUUUCUAUUUCUGUAGACCACCUUUAAAUGUAGAAUUUAAGAAUCUAUAGCAUCUUAGAAAAAGACAAAAUGUGAGGUAGUGGAAAGUUUAUUUACAACCCAAUAAUCACAAUGCAAAAAAAGAAAAUGGAGAUUACAGGUCUACUAAUAAUUUAUCCAGUAAGAAGCAUGCAAACUACAUAAUCUACAGCACAAUAAGCCAGAGGUAUAACAAUUUCUGAUACAAAUUGACUUUUUGAAAACCUGAGAGGGAGUUUGAAGGAAUGUUUUACAAAAUUCUUGCUACUUUUGUUUUGUAAACCACUAACCUUUGUUUUUCUACCAAUGCUAACAAAAAUACAAAAUUAAAGUCAACCUCAACAUGUAGGCAUUUGCAGUUCAAUAUAAGAAUUAAAAAAAAAAAAGUAUCUCUCCAAAA